GUGAGUUGAGUCCCCGUAGCUCUGAAAGUGCAAGUAACGAAAAUAAUAGCGGGUCUUUUCAGACAUACAAGGCGCGGUAAAAGAGGAGCGCCCCUCUCUCUCUGUCUUUUUUUUACCGUUUUACCUGUCCCCCGACGCGCUGUCCCCGUCCGAGACUCCUCUUUCUGUAGGUUUUCUCCCCACUUCGCUUUGCUUCCCCACCUGCUCUCUCUCACUCGUCCCCAUCACCGUCGCCAUCACUACCCCUCUCCUCUCUCUCAUCGGCUCCAAUGGCGGACGCCGACGCCAAGUCCCAGCCGCCCGACGCCGCGGCAUCCCCGGAUGCCUCGAUCUCCUCCCCCUCCUCCCUAGGCGGCGGCGGCGGCGACGCGGCCGACGCGGACGCGAUCGAGAAGCAGCUCGCCGGCCUGGGCAUCGCCGUCGCCGGUGGGUUCCCCGAGCCAUCGGGAUGGGACGAUGGCCCCGUACCAGUCCCCAUCCCGGCCGAUGUCCUUGUCGGCGGUGAUGAGGGUGCCGGCGAGAAGCCGCGGGCGCCGGCGCCGGCGCCGACUGGGGCGGUGGAUGUGAAGGUGCGGUUCCCGCGCCGGCCCGGGGAGCCGGACUGCAGCUACUACCUCAAGUUCGGCACCUGCCGCUUCGGGAUGAAGUGCAAGUUCAACCACCCUGCGAGGAAGAAGAAGACUAGUAGGGUGAGAGGCGUCGGGAGCAACGGCAGCGGGAGCAACAGCAGCAGCAAUAAAGCAUCUUCUCCUGAUGAUGAUCAGGCUCCUAAAGAAGAAUACGAAGGUCUUGUUCCGGACAUUUCGGAUUCCAUGGGCUUUGAUGACAAGGGGAGCUUAUCUAGUUCAGAAAAUCAUAGGAAUAUGUCAUAUGAAGUUAUUGAUAUGAAAAGGGGGAAACUAGAGCCAAAGGAAAAGGUUUGUGAAGAACCUGAAAAGGCAAUUCAUUUUACGAAGUUAGACGAGACAAAUAUCGCAACCCAAAAGGUUCUGAAGGGUUCUAAAGAUAAAAGAAAGGAAACCUUUGCAGAAGGCAACACUCAGGAGGAAUGCAAGUAUUAUUCAACACCUGGAGGAUGCAAAUUCGGUAAAACUUGCAAAUACCUCCACCGUGAGGGAAAUGGAGGGAAAACAGAGGUUGAAAAAGCUGAGCUAAACUUUCUAGGUCUUCCACUGCGACCAGGUGAAAAGGAGUGCCCAUACUAUAUGCGCACUGGGAGCUGCAAAUUUGCGACUAACUGCAAGUUUCACCACCCAGAUCCUACUAAUGCAUCUUCAAAAGAACCAGGGUUGGAACAUGAGAAUGGCGAUGUACCACUGCAAAAUGUCCAAGGAUCCUCUCAGCCUAGCCUUCAGAUGUGGCCUGACCAGAGAGCAUUGAAUGAACAGCAUGUUCCUUUUCUUGCUCCAGCACCGUCAUACAGUGGAGGGAUGGUUCCACCUCAAGGAAUGUAUCCAUCUUCUGAUUGGAGUGGGUAUCAUCAGGUACCUUUGAAUCCAUAUUACCCUCCCGGUGUUCCUUUCCCGCAUUUUCCAGCUGCCCAUAUGAAUCACCCGAUGUACAAGGCUGCAGAUAUACCAGGACAUCAACCACCACCAUCUGAUGAGUAUCCCGAGAGACCUGGCCAACCUGAAUGCCAGCAUUUCGUUAAGAGCGGUUUCUGUAAAUACAGGAUGAAAUGCAGAUAUCACCAUCCAAGGUCGCGCCAGUCUGCACCACCACCAGCAGGUCUUAGCCCCAUCGGCUUGCCUAUCAAACCUGUGAGUUCAUAUCCCAUCGUUUUACAUUCCCGGUUAAGGCCUGGCGAACCGUUUCAAAAAUAUGAUUCUGGCCAAGUUUAUUGUAUUUUUGCUCUGUUGUUUUGUUGCAGGAUCAACCUGUGUGCACUUACUAUGGACGCUAUGGCUUCUGCAAGUAUGGGCCAGCCUGCAUGUUCAACCACCCCUUCAACUUCGGGCCUCCCGUGCCGGCAGCAGGACCACCCCUCCCUGGGCAGUACCCUACGCAUGGAAACUUCGCCUAGCAGGCACGUGACGAGCGAUUUUCUGAGUCGCCACGAUUGCUUGUAAUAACCUCCUCCACCUGUAAAGUAGCGUAGACAAAAGCUGUACGUGGUUGGCAGUAGACAUCCAGCAUGUAGGCGCAACGAAGUUGCAUGGAGAUGGGUACGUUACAGUUGGUAUUGCAAACUUUACGCUGUACAAGUUACAGUCCAUACAUAAGCUGCCAUCGCAUUUAAAAUCCUGGUUGCUGAGUACUCCCUCGGUCUGUCUACAUGAUUUAGUCGUUUUAGAUUUAUCAA